AAAAUAUAUCGAUUACACCACAGCACGCAGUCAAUACCAUCGCCACUAUCGGCACAGCUCUGGCGUUCACAACAAAAUAUACACAAAUUAUAUUGUUUAAGCCGAAUUUUUCGAUUGGAUUUGAGAUGAGCUCCACGCGUCCGUUUUGCUUCGUUUGCGGCAAGGAAAAGUCCGUGGGCGUGUUCCAGCUGAUAGAAGGCUGCAUAGUGCCAGGAACCUUUAAGCCGAUCAAGGAUAUACUGAAGUACUUCGAGAAGAUCAUAAACCAGCGGCUGGACCUCCUGCCCAACUCUACCGCCUGCCGAGACUGCCUGGAGUACCUCUUCAACUAUGACAGGCUGGUGAGGAAUCUCAGCCAAGUGCAGCGCCAGAUUGCGGAUGCACUCCUUGGUUGCAGGCAGGUGGAGGACAAGCCGGAGGCCAAGCAGCAGGCGGCGAAGAGGGCACGCGUCCAGGUGCCGGCCUUCAAGAUCAUCCAGGCCACCGCCCUUAAGGAGCCCGAGAAGCAGCCGGGGGAGGGGGAUGAAUUGGAAGAUUUCAUGAAGGAGGAGAUGCUCGACGAAGAGUUUCAGUUCAGCGAGCCGGACGACAGCAUGCCGUCGUCGGAGGAGGAGUUCUUCACCGAGACCACCGAGAUACCCUGCCAUAUCUGCGGCGAGAUGUUCUCCAGCCAGGAGGUUCUCGAGCGGCACAUCAAGGCGGACACCUGCCAGAAGAGCGAGCACGCCACCUGCAACGUAUGUGGCCUAAAGGUCAAGGACGAUGAGGUCCUCGAUCUGCACAUGAACUUGCACGAGGGCAAAACAGAACUAGAGUGCCGCUACUGCGACAAAAAGUUCUCGCACAAGCGGAACGUCCUGCGCCACAUGGAGGUGCACUGGGACAAAAAGAAGUACCAGUGCGAUAAGUGCGGCGAACGCUUCUCGCUCUCCUGGCUAAUGUACAACCAUCUGAUGCGGCACGACGCCGAGGAGAACGCCCUGAUCUGCGAGGUGUGCCACCAGCAGUUCAAGACCAAGCGCACCUACAAGCACCACUUGCGCACCCACCAGACGGACCGGCCGCGUUAUCCCUGCCCCGACUGCGAGAAGUCGUUCGUGGACAAGUACACCCUGAAGGUGCACAAGCGAGUCCACCAGCCGGUCGAGAAGCCGGAGUCGGCGGAGGCCAAGGAAGCCACCGCAACGUUCUUUUAGGGUAGUCCUUUUGCUAGAUUAAUCUAAGUAGCCCAGCUGAUGGGUGCAUAAGCGCGCGUAUGUAUCAUAAAAUUAAAUCUAAACAAUCAUUGACGGAAAA